AUGACUGAUAGAAGAAGAAUUAACGGACCUGCGGUUUCGACUCCACCUGUUUAUGAAGAUCAUGCCUUCAUUAAACGCACCAGAGAUUCAGACACCUGCCGUCGUCUAUUUUUACAGUUAGGCUGGACAACAAAAGCCAAUGGCAACGCCUAUCUCGAAAGUGGAAACAUUAAGAUUGCUUGCUCAGUCUUCGGUCCUAGACCAACAAAGACUAGUUCGUUUCAUUCUAUUGCGAAGCUCACUUGCGAAUUAAAAUUCAGUCCGUUUGCCCAAACGGUUCGUAAAAGCAAUGUGCAAGACAUAAACGAAAGAGACUUCUCUCAACACAUAGAACGUUCACUUGCUCCGAGUAUUAUGCUUCAUUUAUACCCCAAAAGUUCAAUCGAUGUUUAUAUUCAAAUUCUCGAGAGCGAUGGGCAAUUGGCUACCAUUGCUGCUGCCAUCACAUGUGCUUCAUUGGCUAUUGCUAAUGCCAAAAUUGACUGCAUUGACAUCGUUACAGGAGCAUCUGCAUUAUACAAACAACCGUCGGCAAGCUGCAUUGUCGAUCCUGAAGAGAGUGACGAGAGAGAUGCAGACCGCUCGACUAGUUUCAUGCUUGUUGGCUACAUGGCAUCGCUCGGUCAAGUGACCGAAGUAUGGACUGAAGGUUCGCUCAGUUCAACAGACCUGUCUAAACUGUUGGAAAAGUGUACAGACGUUGCGUCAAAAACGCGUCUUGUGGCCAACAAUGUUCUGGCAGAGACAGAAAAAAAAAGCAUUAGAGCAAACCGAAAAAGAUAG